AGGAGACAUACCCAUUCAACAGAAGAACUAGCGUCUCUACGUGUUCUCUGCUCCUAUAAACCUUCCUCUUAUUCCUCUUUCUCUCUCUUUCUCUCUUCUUAUUUCGAUCUUUUUCUAUCUUUUAAUCUCUUCUGAUAACUGUUUUAAUUGUUUCAGAUAAUUGUAAUUAGUGUUAUUAUUAUUAUCUAUUUACUAUAAUAAAUAUUUGUGAUAAGAAUAAUAAUGUGUGGGAUACUUGCUGUUCUGGGUUGCUCUGAUGAUUCCCAAGCCAAAAGGGUUCGAGUUCUUGAGCUCUCUCGCAGAUUGAAGCACCGUGGCCCAGACUGGAGUGGUCUAUAUCAGCACGGAGACUCUUACUUGGCACAUCAACGUCUUGCUAUCAUAGAUCCCGCCUCUGGUGAUCAGCCCCUUUAUAAUGAAGACAAAGCCAUUGUUGUCACUGUGAAUGGGGAGAUUUACAAUCAUGAAGAGCUGAGGAAGAAAUUGAGCCAUCACAAGUUCCGGACGGGAAGUGAUUGUGAUGUGAUUGCCCAUCUGUACGAGGAAUAUGGUGAAGAUUUUGUAGACAUGUUGGAUGGAAUGUUUUCUUUUGUGCUUCUUGAUACACGAGACAAUAGUUUCAUUGUUGCUCGUGAUGCCAUUGGAAUCACCUCCCUCUAUAUUGGCUGGGGCCUUGAUGGUUCUAUUUGGAUAUCGUCUGAACUGAAGGGGCUGAAUGAUGAUUGUGAACAUUUUGAGUGCUUUCCACCUGGUCAUUUGUACUCGAGCAAGUCAGGUGGAUUAAGGCGAUGGUAUAAUCCCCCAUGGUUCUCGGAAGCAAUUCCAUCAACUCCGUAUGACCCACUUGCUCUAAGACGAGCAUUUGAAAAUGCUGUGAUUAAAAGGCUUAUGACCGAUGUGCCUUUUGGAGUUCUGUUAUCCGGGGGCUUGGAUUCAUCAUUGGUUGCCUCUAUCACUGCUCGCCACUUGGCCGACACAAAAGCUGCCAAGCAAUGGGGAGCUCAGCUCCAUUCUUUCUGUGUUGGCCUAGAGGGUUCACCUGAUUUGAAGGCUGCAAAAGAAGUAGCAGAUUAUUUGGGUACUGUUCACCAUGAAUUUCACUUCACUGUUCAGGAUGGUAUUGAUGCUAUUGAAGAUGUCAUUUACCAUAUUGAAACAUAUGAUGUUACAACUAUCAGAGCAAGCACUCCUAUGUUCCUUAUGGCAAGGAAGAUCAAGGCACUUGGAGUCAAGAUGGUCAUUUCUGGUGAAGGCUCUGAUGAGAUCUUUGGUGGGUAUCUGUACUUUCAUAAGGCACCUAAUAAGGAAGAGUUUCACCGUGAAACAUGUCACAAGAUAAAGGCUCUUCAUCAGUAUGACUGCUUAAGAGCUAACAAGGCAACAUCAGCAUGGGGUUUGGAAGCUCGAAUCCCUUUCUUAGAUAAGGAAUUUAUUAAUGUUGCUAUGGCUAUUGGUCCUGAGUCGAAAAUGAUUAAGCCAGAGGAAGGACGCAUUGAAAAAUGGGUUCUUAGAAGAGCUUUUGAUGAUGAGGAGCAUCCUUAUCUGCCGAAGCAUAUCUUGUACAGACAGAAAGAGCAAUUUAGUGAUGGUGUUGGCUAUAGCUGGAUUGAUGGCCUCAAAGCUCAUGCUGCAGAACAUGUGACUGAUAAGAUGAUACAAAAUGCUGAGCACAUCUUCACUCAUAAUACCCCUACUACCAAGGAAGCAUAUUACUACAGAAUGAUUUUUGAAAGGUUCUUCCCACAGAACUCAGCCAGGCUGACUGUUCCCGGGGGAGCAAGUAUAGCAUGCAGCACUGCCAAAGCUGUUGAAUGGGAUGCUGCAUGGUCAGAUAAUCUUGAUCCUUCUGGCAGGGCUGCAUUAGGCGUCCAUCUUUCAGCUUAUGGAAAACAGGCAGCAGCUGCUGUUGCAAGUGCAGGAAUGGUGCCGCCAAAGAUCAUUGAUAGUAUGCCAAGGAUGAUGGAGGUUAGCCCUCCUGGUCUCACAAUCUCAAGCUAGCGAUUGGUGAAGGCCUAAAAAAUGCAGCUGUAGCAGUGUAGUGCACUUGAAAUUUAGUCUGUGAUGUAUAAAGCCUGUAGUUUAUAUGUAGAAGUAAACCCCAAAAAAAAGGUGCCAGCCUAAUAUGGUGGUUUGAAAAUCCAGUGUUUUCCAUUGCCUUGUAUUAAAACAAGGCCUUGCAGUGUGCUAUCUCUAUCCUGUAUUGUUAUCAAGCGAUAAUGCAAGCUUUCCUUUGGUUUC